AUGACACCACUGCUGUUGGAUGAAUCACAGGCAGCAAUGAGUCACCAUACAGGAGCGAGACAGGGCACCUGGAGUGCUGGGCACAGUGGGGCUGGAUGCACCUCCAGUUCUGUUACUGACCUUCCCCUCCCCCUGCAGGGUGGGCCAGGAGCCUCGGGGUGUGGAUUUGGAAACUUUGAAGAGAUUGGGCCUCUCGACGUUGACCUGAAUCCCAGGAACUACUCAUGGGUACAGGCGGCCAGUGUGCUGUUUGUGGACAACCCGGUGGGCGCGGGCUACAGUUACACCACCGACAGCAGCGGCUUCGCCACUGACCUGGGCACCGUGGUCCGCGACAUGAUCGUCCUCCUGCAGACCUUCUUCCAGCUCAAGCCUGAGUUCCAGGACGUCCCAUUCUACAUUUUCUCGGAAUCGUAUGGUGGGAAGAUGGCGGCGGCAAUCGGACUGGAGCUGGUGCAGGCCGUGUUACACAACAAGGUGAAGUGUCGCUUCACUGGGGUUGCCCUGGGUGAUUCCUGGAUCUCCCCCCUGGACUCGGUGCUGUCUUGGGGACCGUUCCUGCACAGCAUGUCUCUGCUGGAUGACCGGGGCCUGGCGGAGGUCGGUGCUGCUGCCGCUGAGGUGCAGGCGGCCGUUGAGGCCCAGGAUUACCGGAGGGCCACCGAGCUGUGGGCCCAGACUGAGAACAUCAUCGAGAGGUGCACGGACGGAGUGAACUUCUACAACAUCCUGAGUGACCGGAGGUUGGAGGGAAGUCCUGAGCUCAGUCCUGGCCUGAGGAACCAGCACCUGGUCAGCCUGUUCCAGCGACACGUGCGCCCCCUGCAGGGUCAGAGCCUGGCAGCACUGAUGAACGGACCAAUCAGAAAGAAGCUGAAGAUCAUCCCUGACUUCGUGGAGUGGGGGGGUCAGGCCGAUGAGGUCUUCAGAAAUAUGGAGGGUGACUUUAUGAAGCCGGUGAUUUACAUUGUGGACCAACUGCUGGCUACGGGUGUGAAUGUCACGGUCUACAAUGGACAGCUGGACCUGAUUGUGGACUCGUUGGGGCAAGAAGCAUGGGUGAGGAAGUUGAAGUGGCAGGGGCUGCCUGCUUUCUCCCAGCAGCGCUGGCACCCACUCCACACAGCAUCCCGACCCACCCACACCGCCGCCUUCCACAAGCAGUACCAGAACUUUGGCUUCUUCUGGGUGUUGAAAGCUGGUCACAUGGUCCCCGCCGACCAGCCUGAGACGGCGUUGCAGCUGCUCCGGGUGGUGACCGGGCAGUGACCGGGAGGACGGGAGGUGACCAGCCAGUGACGGGUGGUGACUGGGGGGGGAUGAGUGGGAUGGGUGGUGACCGGGCAGUGACUGGGGGAACGGGCGGUGACCGGGCAGGAGCCCUGAUCUGCUGUCGGGGAGCGGCCGGGCCGGGCCUGUACUGAUCUCAAUAAAGACACCGAGUCUGGA